UCUCUGAAAAUUAUUUUACUUUUGCUUUUUUGAGGACAGAAAUAGAUGUCAAUUGGGAUUUAAUUAUUGGGCAACAACUCUUGAAAUACUACCAAGGAUCAGGAAAGUGAGUGAUAAACAUUCAUACAUCUUGGUUCUGGUUUACCAGAUUGAGGUUUGAUGUCAUUCCGCAGCAUAGCUCGGGAUAUACGAGAUAGUUUUGGGAGUUUAUCCCGGCGUAGUUUUGAUGUAAGGCUGCUUGGUCAUCAUAGGGGAAAAUCACACGGUUCGUUUUAUGAUUUAAAUAACCAGCCUGUGGUAACUCAGAAUAGUCAUUGGGCUAAUCUCCCACCAGAGCUACUAUACGAUGUGAUUAAAAGAUUGGAAGAGAGUGAGAGCACAUGGCCUGCUCGGAAGCACGUGGUUGCUUGUGCUGCUGUUUGCAAGUCAUGGAGGAUCAUGUGCAAGGAAAUUGUCACUGGUCCAGAAAUCUGUGGGAAGCUUACUUUUCCAGUUUCCUUGAAGCAGCCGGGGAAUCGUGACGGAACCAUCCAAUGCUUCAUCAAGAGGGACAAAUCUAAUUUGACGUACCAUCUUUUCUUAUGUCUGAGUCCUGCUUUGCUUGUAGAAAAUGGAAAAUUCCUUCUCUCUGCAAAAAGAACUAGACGAACUACUUGUACAGAGUAUGUUAUCUCAAUGGGUGCAGAUAAUAUUUGCAGAUCAAGCAGCACAUACAUUGGAAAACUAAGAUCAAAUUUUCUCGGCACGAAGUUCAUUAUGUAUGAUACACAGCCGCCUCAUGCUUGUUCACACAUUCCUCUGCCUGGGAGAACUAGUCGUAGAUUCAACUCCAAGAAAGUGUCUCCGAAAGUGCCUACCGGCACUUACAACAUAGCCCAAAUCAUGUAUGAACUGAACGUGCUUGGGACACGGGGACCGCGCAGGAUGAACUGCGUCAUGCACUCAAUACCUGCCUCAGCACUUGACCCCGGAGGCUUGGUACCCGGACAACCUGAGCUCAUGCCAAGAUCCCUUGAGGACUCGUUCCGGAGCAUUUCUCUCUCAAAAUCUCUGGAUCACUCGGCCGAGUUCAGUAGCUCACGGUUUUCUGAUAUCGCCGGCGUGUGCAAUGGGGACAAUGACUGUAAAGGAAGACCCUUGAUUCUCAAGAACAAAGCACCAAGAUGGCACGAACAGUUGCAAUGUUGGUGCCUCAAUUUUAGAGGACGGGUAACAGUUGCAUCCGUGAAGAACUUUCAGUUGAUAGCCUCCACACACCCACCGGCUGCCACUACUGAUGCACCGGCUUCUCAGCCGACCCAAUCUGACCAUGAUAAAGUCAUCCUCCAAUUUGGCAAGGUCGGUCAAGAUAUGUUCACGAUGGAUUACCGAUAUCCACUGUCUGCUUUUCAGGCUUUCGCGAUCUGCUUAAGUAGCUUCGACACCAAAUUGGCUUGUGAAUAGAGAAAAUGUAUCUAUCUGUCAACCAAAAUGCUUAAAUGUCUAAAUUCAGUGCCUUUAUUUUUAUGUUAUUGCAUUUUAUUCUCCCCUUCACAAGAAAUGGAAAUUGUUCAACCUUGUACUCUUGGCAAGGUUUCUACCUUGUAAAAAAAACUAAAAAAGGAAAAACCAUUGGCUUUUCUGGCUUCAUUUC